AUGGUCCUACCGCUGCUUGUGGCGACAUGUAUAGCUUUCAUGUUUGAUGUUUGCAGUUCGAAAACUAUCAUUCAUGAACUGAACAUUUCCAGGAUAACAUCGCCCACGGGGAAGCAGUUAAUUUCACUUAACGGAGCGGCCAAUUCCCUGGGUCCAGUAUUCCGCGUCCAGGCUGGCGAUUCCCUGAAUCUUCUGGUGAAUAACGAUAUCUGUGAAGAUCAAGAUUUGCCAGUAUAUGGAGAAGACUAUUGUAAUACGUCGAUUCAUUUCCACGGCCUGGUGCUGGAAAAUGAAGCUGGCGGCAAACUGGGAGCAUUGUACGAUGGUGUACCUGGUGUUACACAGCGUAGUAUCCCGCCACAGAUGUCCUUUUGGUAUAACUUCACAAUUCCAGCUUCUUUGGAGGGAGGAACGUAUUGGUUUCACUCGCAUUCUUCGGUGCAAUACGGCGAUGGUCUUCGAGGAAUCUUUUUGGUUGACUCAUCAAAAAGAGACGAGUAUCUUAAACGAGUUGUUGCUAAGUUGGAUUCAGAUGGUACUGCCGGCGAAUUGCUGACAGAUCUACCGGAAAACGGGAGUUCCAAAAAGAUCCAUGAGGAAGUUCUGGCAGUUUCUGAUUGGUACAGUAAAUCUAGCGUGGACAUUUUGAAAGAAGUCAUGAGCCCAACAGGAGGACCGGAUCCUCGCGUGGAAGGAUCUACGCUCAAUGGUGAUCAAAACUCUGUAAACUUUCCAAUAGAUGCAGAAGUCGAGUACGUCGCCUUGAGAAUUAUAAACGUCGGAAUGAGCGGUACGAAUGUCCUGCACGUGGAAGGUCUACGACUAUGUGUUGUAGAAACCGAUGGAGUGUUAACUAAGCCCUACAUGAUCGACACAUUAUCCAUAGCAGUUGGUCAGAGAUUUACGGUCUUGGUCAAAGUCAAUAAGGAAACGUCCAGUGCUCGUAUCAUACAUGGUUGCGGAAAAAUGAUGGGAUAUAUCACCAAAACGCAUUGGCUGACGCGGCCAGGAGUCGAUCCUGGUAGCUCAUUCCAAGGAAACAUGCGGUCUCUGCCCGGUUUGGACAAAAGUGAAAGAUAUAGAGAUUUUGUUCCUAGAAAUGGAGACUUACUUCCGGCCCCUGCACAACAGAUUUCACUGGACUACGCGUACGAAAGCGAUUUGAAGGAAACGUAUCAGACAGGAAUGUAUGCUGUCAACGGUGACACGAUGCCGGAGUUUAUUCCGGAUGGAGUAUUGUUAGAGGGUGAUCGAGGUAUAAGAAAACCAAUUGAAUUAUCUACUAAUCAAGUGGUAGAGAUAGCCAUAAAUGCUAUAGACCAUAUGACGCACCCUUGGCACAUGCAUGGGCAUACCUUUCAAGUCAUAUCAGUGGGACGCGGCCACGACGGUCCGUUGUAUUAUGAUAACCCAGGAAGCACUGCAAUGCGUCGGUAUCUCGACGAUGUAGACGCAUGGGAGGGGAAAGUUCCCAUGACGCGUGAUACGAUAAACAUUCCCGGGAAUUCAUACGCGGUAAUUCGGUUCAACGCAAGUAACCCGGGGUUUUGGCUUCUGCACUGUCAUGUGGAAUGGCACAUGGCCAAAGGUUUGGGUGUGAUUUUGGCCGAAGGAGACGCAAAAGUGGACGCUGUUGUCAGCGCUUUCAAGACAUUCCAGCCGCCAGAAAUAUCAAGUGCCAGCGAGGCUCAGGCUACCACGGAAGUUACAGCUUCUCCCACUGAAAGUACCACGUUAGAUUCAUCUCAAAACGUACAGCUGCAGUCACAACAAAAGGGUUCCAAAGCGAAAGUUCUGGUUAUUUACGUCGCUAUCAUGUGCAUUUUCAAUGCAGGGAUUGGGCUCUUCUUUUUCCCGCGACGCUAG